GAGUACGGAGUAGUGGCCAUUGGUUGGGAUGAGUACGGAGUAGUGGCCAUUGGUUGGGAUGAGUACGGAGUAGUGGCCAUUGGUUGGGAUGAGUACGGAGUAGUGGCCAUUGGUUGGGAUGAGUACGGAGUAGUGGCCAUUGGUUGGGAUGAGUACGGAGUAGUGGCCAUUGGUUGGGAUGAGUACGGAGUAGUGGCCAUUGGUUGGGAUGAGUACGGAUGGCCAUUGGUUGGGAUGAGUACGGAGUAGUGGCCAUUGGUUGGGAUGAGUACGGAGUAGUGGCCAUUGGUUGGGAUAAGUACGCAGUAGUGGCCAUUGGUUGGGAU